CAUUCCAUCGCACGUUAGGAGAGGAGAGAGAGAGAAAGCGAGCAAGACGGAGCUGAUAGAGAGAGGGAGAGAGAGAGAGACAGAGAGAGAUAAUGAAAGAGGAGAGUGAUUCUCUAUCUCAUCAUCUGCAUGUCUUUGCAUGGCUGAUCAACAAUAGCUGGUUUGAUGCAUUUCCUCAUCCAGGACGAAUAUUAUGAAAAUCUAUCAACCUGUUUCAGCUAUUAUCUAAUUAAAACCAUAAAUACAUUUCGAGAUAAAGAAAAAAUUACUAGAAGAAAAGGAUUUAAUCUUAUCAUGAAGGCUUGGGAGGCAACCGUGAAGAAAACACAGGCAGUAGCGAGGAAACGAGCCAACACAAUAUUUGGUACCUAUGGACCAUCUCAGGUUGAGGAAGAGAUUAUUGAUCAACUAGAUCCAGAAAACGACAACGAGGGGCAUGCUAGUGGAGAAAUUUACCAUUCGGAGAGGUUCCUUCCUAAUGGAGAUUACUAUAGUGGCUAUUGGGUCGAUAAUUUCCCCCAUGGACACGGCAAAUAUUGGUGGACUGAUGGGUGCAUGUAUGUAGGUGAUUGGUUUCGAGGCAAAAAGAUGGGAAAAGGUACAUUUAGUUGGCCCUCUGGAGCUAUGUAUGAGGGGAAUUUCAAGAGUGGAUAUAUGGAUGGCGAAGGAACGUAUAUGGCGCCUAAUGGGGACGCAUUUAGAGGUUCUUGGGUGAUGAAUUUGAAACAUGGACAUGGUGUUAAGGAAUACGCGAAUGGAGAUUGUUAUGAUGGAGAAUGGAGUCGCGGAUUACAAGAAGGACAUGGUAAGUAUACAUGGAAGAAUGGGAAUUUUUAUGUUGGUGAAUGGAAGAAUGGUGUUAUAUGUGGGAAAGGUAAGAUGUGUUGGACAAAUGAGAAUGUAUAUGAAGGGAAUUGGGAAAAUGGAGUGCCUAAGGGAAAUGGGACAUUUAGAUGGGCUGAUGGGAGCUUGUACAUUGGAAAUUGGAGUAAAGAACCAAAUGAACAUAAUGGGACAUUUUAUCCAUCUGGAUCAUUGUUACAAGGAGGAAACCUUGAUUGGGAUCCUCAGCAGGUUUAUUAUACUGAUUUGAUGGAAUGUACCAUUUGUCCAAAUGAGAAGGUUUCAAUAUUGCCUUCUCAGAAAAAGCUGGCAGUUUGGAGGUCUGCUAAGGCGGCAGAAAACAACGUUCGGCCAAGGAGGAUGUCCGUAGAUGGUCGAAUAGAUGCAGCGCCUGUAGAUAGGGAAUUUGGGCGAACGCGCUUAUCAGAUUGUGCAGGAACACCUCCAAAUAUUUCUUAUUUAGAUGAUGCCAUAGCUGGUUCACAGGAACAUGAUGGGUAUAUUAGAGGGAGCCCCAUUAGAUUUCCUAAGUCAGAAAAAAGGCAAGGAGAGACUAUUUCCAAAGGGCAUAAAAAUUAUGAGCUUAUGCUCAAUUUGCAGUUGGGAAUCAGGCAUUCAGUAGGAAGGCCAGGACCUGUUCCAUCACUUGAUCUCAAGUCUUCAGCAUUUGAUCCCAAGGAGAAGUACUGGACAAGAUUCCCACCUGAAGGAUCCAAAAGUACACCUCCUCAUCCAUCUUGUGAAUUCAGAUGGAAAGACUAUUGCCCAAAAGUUUUUAGGGCUUUAAGGAUGUUAUUCAAAGUGGAUGCAGCUGAUUAUAUGCUGUCUAUUUGUGGCAAUGACGCCCUUCGGGAGCUAUGCUCCCCGGGAAAAAGCGGAAGCUUCUUCUACUUGACAAACGAUGAUAGAUACAUGAUUAAGACAAUGAAGAAGGCAGAAGUGAAAGUGCUUCUAAGGAUGCUGCAUGCCUAUUUCAAUCAUGUUCGUGCUUUUGAGAACACCCUUAUGACUAAGUAUUUCGGCCUGCAUUGUGUUAAGCUGAACGGACCGGCACAGAAGAAGGUACGAUUUGUUAUCAUGGGGAAUCUCUUCCGCACUGAUUAUACAAUUCAUAGACGAUUCGACUUGAAAGGAUCAACAUUUGGCCGGAUGACAGAUAAGCCAGAAUCAGAGAUUGAUGCAACCACAACUCUGAAAGACCUUGACCUUAACUUUAUAUUCAUGUUACCAAAGACAUGGUUUCAAGAAUUCCGCAGGCAAGUUGAUAGGGACUGUGAGCUAUUGGAACAAGAGAGAGUGAUGGACUACAGCCUUUUAGUUGGUCUUCAUUUUAGGGAAGCAAGUAUCACCGGAGACCAAACUCCUUCUGGUUGUAGAACACCUACUGAUAAUGAAGGAUUGGAAGAUGGAUCAGUUCCUCGUCUGUCUCGAUCAGAUAGGGAUCAAUUGCAUCUUGAUCCUGCAGGGUGGGCUAGCAUAAGUUUGGGUAUAAACAUGCCCGCACGAGUCGAACGGACAGAAAGGAAAAAUGACUUAGACUUUCAGUUAGUAGGAGAACCCACAGGAGAGUUCUAUGAUGUGAUAUUAUUUUUUGGAAUCAUAGACAUACUUCAGGACUAUGACAUUACCAAAAAGCUUGAGCAUGCAUACAAAUCUAUCCAAUGUGAUCCCAACUCUAUCUCAGCUGUCGAUCCAAAGGCGUACUCAAGGCGUUUUCGGGAUUACAUAUUCAAAGUUUUUACAGAGGACACUUAGGAAGAAAUACCUUCAGUUUUCAGUCCCUUUGUUCUGAAUCUAGCGGAGAGGCUUCAGAUGGAGCUUAUUUUGCUAUAAAAAAAAGGAGAUAAGCUUGGCAAGAACUGUAUACCAUUUUGGUAAUCGUCUUUGAAAGUUUACUAUGGUUGCAUCCAACAACUAGUACACCUCCAAUUCCUUCAUUUCUUUUUUCUUAUGAUUUUUAAGUCUUAGUCUCAUAGAUACAGUCACUAAUUUGAGAUGACAAUUGUAUAGAAACAGCUGUAAGAGUAACAGCACCAAUGUAACUAAUUUACUUGCGAAAAAAGUUUGUUCAGAGUUAU